AUGGCUCUUUCUGAGACGUGGGUACAGUUUGUAAUGGCCGCCACUCUUCCCUGCUCCACAGACCAGGCCAGCAUCCAGGCCGCCGCCCUGCCUGGCACUGACGGCUGUCUGGCCUCCCCGAGGGUCCCUGCAGGACUGGACGCGGCGUGUGCUGGCGGGAGUGGUGCUGCGGUGGAGGUCGUGAGGCCGGGCACCAGCAUGAGUGGCCGGCGGUGGCGGCAACAGCAGCAGCAGCAGCAGCAGCAGCCAGCCUCAGGUGUGGGGAGGCACAGGCAUGGUGGCAAGAAUCACCUGGAGGCAGACAGCUCUGUCCACAGAGGAGAGAGCAAGUUUGAGUGCCAGCAGUGUGACAAAACUUUUGUAUCCAGACAUGGCCUUAAGUACCACACCCUGACACACAGUGGUGUUAGAAAUUAUGAGUGUGAUUUGGCUGCGGCGUGUGCUGGCGGGAGUGGUGCUGUGGUGGAGGUUGUGAGGCCGGGCAGCAGCAUGAGUGGCCGGUGGCAGCAGCAGCAGUCUGCCUCAGGUGUGGGGAGGCGCAGGUGUGGUGGCAAGAAUCACCUGGAGGCAGGCAGCUCUGUCCACAGAGGAGAGAGCAAGUUUGAGUGCCAGCAGUGUGACAAAACUUUUGUAUCCAGACAAGGCCUUAAGUACCACACCCUGACACACAGUGGUGUUAGAAAUUAUGAGUGUGACACACUGGCUUGA